UCUUCCUAGCUCCAACCUCUGUUACUCACGCUCCUCCUCCCGUUCCCCACCCCCCUCCCAGCCCUCCGCGGCCCGGUAUCAACGUGUGGUCCCGCCAGGGGGGAGCCGUGCGUACCUCGUGCUCCCGGGACGGCGGAGGCGUUCCCGGCUUUAGCCAUGGAGAUGGAACAAGUGAACGCGCUGUGCGAGGAGCUAGUGAAAGCGGUGAUGGUCAUCAUGGACCCGAGCUCCACCCAGCGCUACCGGCUGGAAGCCCUCAAGUUCUGUGAAGAGUUUAAAGAAAAGUGCCCUAUCUGUGUCCCAUGUGGCUUGAAGUUGGCGGAAAAAACACAGGUUGCCAUUGUGAGACAUUUUGGCCUCCAGAUCCUGGAACAUGUUGUCAAGUUUCGAUGGAACAGCAUGUCUCGGUUGGAGAAGGUCUAUCUGAAGAACAGUGUCAUGGAGCUGAUUGCAAAUGGAACACUGAAUAUUUUGGAGGAGGAGAAUCACAUUAAAGAUGUUCUAUCUAGAAUUGUAGUGGAGAUGAUCAAGCGAGAGUGGCCACAGCACUGGCCUGACAUGCUGAUGGAGCUGGACACUCUCUCCAGGCAAGGGGAAACGCAGAGGGAAUUAGUGAUGUUCAUCCUUUUGCGACUGGCAGAGGAUGUAGUGACCUUUCAGACACUCCCCACUCAAAGAAGAAAGGAUAUUCAGCAAACAUUAACGCAGAACAUGGAAAGAAUCCUCAAUUUUCUACUCAAUACACUUCAGGAAAAUGUAAACAAGUACCAGCAAAUGAAGACGGAUACUUCUAAGGAGACAGAGGCUCAAGCAACCUGUCGAGUGAGCAUCGCCGCCCUGAACACGGUAGCAGGCUACAUUGACUGGGUGUCUUUGAACCACGUCACCGCUGAAAACUGCAAGCUCAUGGAGACCCUGUGCCUGCUUCUCAAUGAGCAGGAGCUGCAGCUGGCAGCCUCCGAGUGCCUGCUCAUCGCAGUCAGCAGAAAAGGCAAGUUGGAUGACCGGAAGCGCUUGAUGAUCUUAUUUGGAGAUGUUGCUAUGCAUUAUAUCCUCUCUGCAGCACAGACUGCUGAUGGAGGAGGCUUGGUAGAAAAACACUACCUCUUCCUGAAGAGACUUUGUCAGGUGUUAUGUGCACUGGGCAAUCUGCUGUGUUCCCUGCUGGCAUUAGAUGCUAAUAUUCAAACACCAGCAAACUUUGGAAAGUACCUGGAAUCUUUUCUGGCUUUCACAACCCACCCAAGUCAGUUUCUACGCUCUUCAACCCAUAUGACCUGGGGAGCCCUCUUCAGGCAUGAAAUUCUGUCCCGUGACCCAUUGCUGUUAGCAAUAAUACCAAAAUAUCUUCGUGCAUCUAUGACCAACUUAGUCAAGAUGGGCUUCCCGUCUAAAACAGAUAGCCCCAGCUGUGAAUAUUCUCGAUUUGAUUUCGAUAGCGAUGAGGACUUCAAUGCUUUCUUCAACUCCUCCCGAGCCCAGCAAGGAGAGGUAAUAAGAUUGGCAUGUCGCUUGGAUCCUAAGACCAGCUUCCAGAUGGCUGCAGAGUGGCUCAAGUAUCAGCUCUCGACUUCGAUUGACACUGGACCUGUCAACUCAUGUUCUACAGCUGGAACCGGAGAGGGCGGCCUCUGCUCCAUCUUCUCGUCUUCAUAUGUGCAGUGGGAAGCCAUGACCUUUUUUUUGGAAAGUAUGAUCAACCAGAUGUUUCGAACACUGGAAAAAGAAGAACUCCCGGUUAGUGAUGGCAUAGAGCUGCUGCAGAUGGUUUUGAACUUUGAGAUGAAAGAUCCCCUCAUCCUAUCCUGUGUCCUUACCAAUGUCUCAGCACUCUUUCCAUUCGUCACAUACAAGCCUGAGUUCCUGCCCCAGGUCUUCUCCAAGCUAUUUUCAUUUGUUACUUUUGAAAAUGUUGGGGAAAAUAAGGUCCCCCGCACUCGGGCAGUCAGGAACGUAAGGAGACAUGCUUGUUCCUCCAUCAACAAGAUGUGCCGAGACUACCCUGACCUUGUCCUGCCCAAUUUUGACAUGCUUUAUAACCAUGUGAAGCAACUCCUCUCCAGUGAGCUACUCCUGACCCAGAUGGAGAAGUGUGCUCUCAUGGAAGCUCUGGUUCUCAUUAGCAACCAAUUUAAGGAUUAUGAGCGACAGAAGUUAUUCCUGGAGGAGCUGAUGGCACCAGUGGUCAACAUUUGGCUUUCUGAAGAAAUGUGCAGAGUGCUGUCAGAUAUCGAUGCCUUCAUUGCCUACGUGGGUGCCAAUCUGAAGAGCACUGACCCAGCUGUGGAGGAUCCAUGUGGCUUGAACCGUGCACGAAUAACCUUUUGUGUGUACAGCAUUCUGGGAGUUCUGAGACGAACUAGCUGGCCUUCCGACCUAGAAGAGGCCAAGGCUGGAGGGUACGUGGUGGGCUACACACCCAGUGGAAACCCAAUCUUCCGUAACCCCUGCACUGAGCAGGUCUUGAAACUUCUCGACAAUUUGCUUGCCCUUGUAAGAAUGCACAAUACUUUACACACACCGGAAAUGCUAACCAAACUGACAGAGCCUUUUACCAAGGCUCUGGAUAUACUUGAAUCUGAAAAAACAUCAAUAUUAGGAUUACCUCAGCCUCUCUUGGAACUCAAUGAGUACCCUGCCAAUAAAACUAUUUUGGAACGAAUGCAGCAUUUCUUCAGCAUCCUCUAUGAAAACUGUUACCAUAUCCUCGGGAAAGCAGGCCCUUCCAUGCAGCAAGAUUUCUAUACUGUGGAGGACCUUGCUACACAGCUCCUUGGCUCAGCUUUUGUCAACUUGAACAAUAUUCCUGACUUCCGUCUCAAAUCUAUGCUUCGUGUCUUUGUGAAGCCCCUCGUGCUCUUCUGUCCCCCAGAACACUUUGAAACCCUGGUAUCCCCCAUCCUUGGACCUCUCUUCACCUACCUCCACAUGAGGCUCUCUCAGAAGUGGAAUGUCAUCAUCCAGAGGAGCACGCUGUGUGGAGAAGAUGAGGUUGUAGAGGACAACCUUGAGUCUCAAGAAAUGCUGGAGGAGCAACUGGUGAGGAUGUUAACCCGAGAAGUCAUGGACCUAAUCAUGGCUUGCUGUUUAUCAAAGAAGACGGCAGACCACAGCGCCGUUCCCGCUGCUGCGAAUGGGGAUGACGAAGAGAUGAUGGCCACCGAAGCAACCCCUUCAUCUGUGGCAGAGCUCACAGACCUGGGCAAAUGCCUGAUGAACCAUGAGGAUGUCUGCACAGCGCUAUUAAUUACAGUGUUUAAUUCUCUGACCUGGAAGGACACUCUGUCUUGCCAGCGGGCAACGUCACAACUUUGCUGGCCUCUCCUAAAACAGGUGAUGUCUGGGACCCUGCUCGCAGAUGCGGUCAUAUGGCUUUUCACCAGUGUGCUGAGAGGUUUGCAGGUGCAUGGGCAGCACGAUGCGUGCAUGGCUUCCCUGAUCCACCUGGCCUUCCAGAUCUACGAGGCGCUGCGCCCCAGGUACCUAGAGAUGAGAGCAGUAAUGGAGCAGAUCCCUGAAAUACACAAGGAGUCUCUGGAGCAAUUUGACUCCAAGCUUUUAAAGCCUGGCGUUCAAAAACUAGCUGAUAAACGACGGAAGGACCACUUCAAACGCCUCAUCGCUGGCUGCAUUGGGAAACCUUUGGGAGAGCAGUUCCGAAAAGAAGUUCACAUUAAGAACCUUCCCUCGAUUUUCAAAAAAACCAAACCAGUGCUGGAGACAGAAGUGCUGGACAGUGAGGGGGGUGGACUGGCCACCAUCUUUGAACCCUGAAUCAAGUUUUUGGGCAUCCUUCCUUGGCCUUCUUUGUCAUCUCUUCUUCCCCCUUGUAGCUAAUCUCUAGGCCCUUCUCACACUGCCACCUCACUUCCACCAUGUCAGCCUGGAGAAGCUCAGAUCCAGGCCUAACUGGAGACAAGUGGGUCCUGUGCAGGACCUAAGUCAUCCUCCUAAAGUAACAAGGCGUUGGGGUUUACACCAUUCCAGAGAGGUGGCCCAGGGAGUUGGUCUUCAACUUGCAAUUUCAGCUUUUCCAAGAAAAGCUAGAGCACAAUGGCCUUUCCCCAAAGCAGCUACACUAGUACAGACAGGAAGGGCCGGGGUACUGUGCCUAACACCACUGGCCAUUCUGCAAGGGCUCA